CAUGUAUGAUAUUCCAAGUAUUUAUUUCAUUGAAUCAACAUGGACGUAGCACCACCUCAAGAAUUAGACCAACCUUUGCGAGUACCAUCCAAGACCCUCAUGGGUCCUGGACCCUCAAAUUGCUCCCCACGAGUCAUGGAGGCCCUCUCGAGACCCAUUUUGGGGCACAUGCAUCCUGAAAUAUUCAAGAUAAUGGACGAUAUCAAAGCUGGCAUCCGUUAUGUGUUCCAAACCACCAACCCUCUUACUCUCGUCGUCAGUGCCUCCGGUCAUGGGGGCAUGGAGGCCGUCCUCUGUAACCUCCUCGAGCCCGGGGACACGGCAUUGAUUGCCAUCAACGGUAUUUGGGGCACACGCGCCGCUUCCAUGGCCGCCCGUUACGGGGCUAAAGUGGUCACCCUCGAAACCGAAAUUGGCAACAAUUUUACUCUCUCUCAGAUUGAAAAUGCCGUCAAUAGGCACCGGCCGCACGUGUUUUUUGUCACUCAAGGCGAGAGCUCCUCCGGUGUAUAUCAGAAUAUCGAAGGAAUUGGAGAUAUUUGCCAUAGAUAUGGGUGCUUGCUCGCAGUGGACACCGUGGCAUCUUUGGGAGGAGUGCCGUUUCUUGCUGACAGGUGGGGCGUGGACGCUGUCUACACGGGGACACAGAAGGUUCUAGGCGCUCCGGCGGGGCUGGCCCCCAUCUCGUUCAGUCCAAGAGCACAGAGGAAAAUUUUCGAGCGUAAGAGUCCUGUGAAGGUGCUGUAUUGGGACAUGACCGUAUUGGGAGAUUACUGGGACUGCUUUGGCCGUUCUCGAGUGUACCAUCACACCAUUGCGUCGCAACUUUUAUAUGGCUUGAGGGAAGGUUUAGCUCAAAUUACUGAGGAAGGGUUGGAGAAUGUUAUCAGGAGGCAUCAAGAGUGCGCUCAAAGGUUUUACCGAGGCUUGGAGAGGUUAAGCCUGCAACCUUUCGUUGAUGAUGUGUAUAAGAGGUUGCCUACAGUCACCUCCAUCAAAGUCCCUGAUGGUGUCGAUUGGCGGGAAGUGGUCGCGUAUGCAAUGAAAAAUUACUCUGUGGAACUUAGUGGUGGUUUGGGUCCAUCUGCGAAUAAAGUGUUUAGAAUUGGUUUAAUGGGUUAUAAUGCGACGCCUGAAAAAGUUGAUUUGGUUUUGGAGGUUUUGGAAAAGGCGUUGAAGGCAGCAGGUUGGAAUCGGAGUAAAUUGUAAACAAAAAUGGCGUAUGUUGGUGAAGCGUUUAUUUCUAGCUAGCAGGUACACUUAUAUGUAUAGCUUAGAUUGUUACAUGUUGCAUUAUUACCACUUCCAUAUCCUAUUUAAAGUCAACACAAGAAAUAAAAAUUACCAAAUGCAA